AUAAGGACUUGUGACUCACUCAUUCUCUGAUUGGUGGACUCAGCAGAAGGACCUUUGAUACCUGGAGGAUGGCUUUGCUGACCACCUUAGAAGAAAAUAUCUGACUCUGGAUCAAUCACGAAGAGAGCCGACCGCUGAGAACCGAGUUUGAGUAAGUGCAGAGUUCUCAGUGUCACGUGACUGAAGUGGAGGCUGCUGGUUGGACGACGCUGUUGGCGCCACAAUGAGCAGAGAUGGCGAGGUGGUCUGUUCAGGUUGGCUCAGGAAAUCUCCACCGGAGAAAAAGCUGCGCCGUUACGCCUGGAAGAGGCGUUGGUUUGUGCUGCGUAGCGGCCGGCUGAGCGGUGAGCCUGAUGUUCUGCAGUAUUACAAGAACGCACAUUCCCGUCGACCCAUCAGAACCAUAAACCUGAGCAUGUGUGAGCAGGUAGACGCUGGCCUGUCGUUCACAAAGAAGGAACUGGAGAAAAGCUUUGUUUUUGAUGUAAGGACGGAGGAGAGGACGUGGUACCUGGUGGCUGAGUCCGAGGAGGACAUGAAUCACUGGGUGGCCUCCAUCUGCCUGCUGUGUGGCUUCAACCCAACAGACGAAGUACAUGAUGGCCUUCCCGUCUCCAGCACUUCCCCUGGCCUUACCAUUACCACGGUAACGGUCUCUGGUGCCCCCUAUGAGCCUGUCGGAGUGAACCCCCAGGUGAAGGAAGGUGGCAGUGUGGAGGAUUACAUGUGGCUAGCGCAAUGUCGAACUCACAUCAGGCCUCCACAAGGUUCCUCCACCUCUCUAGAUAGCGACAGUGGCGACAACCUCUUUCCUACUCCCUCUAUCGCCUCUUCCUCCUCUUCGCCCUCGCCCCCCCGACUUCCCACCAGCCUCCCUCCGCCUUCCUCCGGCUCUCGGACGGCGUCGUGGACAUCUGCUGCCACAACAGAUGCCCUUAGCCAGUCUCUGAACUCUAGCACGAGUCUUUAUGUCCAGAGAGUAGGCGAGAGACCUCGAUGUCACCCCUCUCCACAUCCAAGGAAGCAUUCACUGGAUUUCCACCUGCGCCCCGUGGCAAUAGCUACAUCCAGUGGCUACCAGAUACCACGCCCGAUCGCUGCACAUCAGCCAGCCCCUUCUCUGCGCCCGUACUCCACCCCUAGUGUGGACUCAUUAACACAGGCUGAGCUUUUCACCUCCACUCCGACUCCUCCACCGCGCCCGCCUAAGCCCAUUGCUAUGGCAGCCAUCGGUGAAAGUCUGACGAACGGGCAGGGCUCUGAGUCGGGGCCGAAGCCCGGAAGCGUGGAAAAUGCCGAGGGAGUGACCAGGAGUAACUCUGCCUCCACACCGAGACGCUGUGAGUCCCUGACGCUGUCUCGCUCGCUCUCAGAUAGAGCGAGCCUGUUUGACUUCAGUGAUAGCUUCAACAGCUACUUUUUGAAUAAAGGCAUGGUGCCGCUGGGCAGUGUUUGCUCCGAAGACAACGACGCGGAUGAAAAUUACGUUCCCAUGAACGCCGCCACCAUCGAGUCCCCUCACCUGCCGCGACCGUCGGAGACACCCCACAAUCACCAGGAGGCCAACUACGUUCCCAUGACCCCUCUCGGCCCUCACCUCCCCGCUGCAGCUGACCCGCCGUCAUUGGGGACACAGGUGCCCCCGGCUGCUCACACGGGUUUUCGUAUACCCCCGUUGACGCCCCUCACUGCCCCUCACCCGAGGGAGGGAGAGCUGGAGACAGUGCCGCCGCCCGUUCAUCGCAAUUUGAAGCCACAGCGCAGAGUCAGACCAGCGCCCCUCAACAUCCCUCCAGUGCAGCAGGACUGGCAAGAAGUCCCGCCCCCUGUGCGUUCACCUGUCACUCAGACCUUCACAAGACCCCCGUCCAGUCGUCGUACAAUCAGGCCCACCUCCUCCCACAGUUCAUUUUCCUCCUCCGACUCUGAUGAUCCCGACGACAGCUACGUUGCCAUGACGAACAGCAGUCUCAGCUUCAGCGCAGAAGAGCGUUGUCUGAGGCUCAUGCUACAUCGUGCAUCUGAGGGAGGAGUCAGCAGCCCAUUGGUCAGGCGAGCCAGAGGCAGCAAACAUGUGGAGUACCUGGACCUAGACCUCCACGUGGGACGAGUGACACCGACAAGGCAGAAACGCUGCACGGAGGAUAGCGGUGUCAAGCUGGCUGGAGGCGUCGAGGAGCACGCCCGGGGAGAGCGAACUCGUGUGGACUACGUGGUGGUGGACCCCAAGAGGACCAAGGCCCUGAGGAAUACCAGGGAGGCGUGGCACGAUGGGAGAAUGUCCACGGAGAAGUGCAAGGAGCACAGCUGAGAAGCCAAGUAUGGUCGUAUCUGUGCUAACAUCAAUGGUUCAAAACCUUAUUUUUUGUAGCUAAGCCCAAAUCUCAACAUAUCCAAGAGCAUCUCUAAAGAUGAUUUUAGCACAUGGAUUUUACUUCUUUCUGUGAAUAAACAACACUGAAAACAUCACUUAACGAGGUUUCAGAGUGACUUAAGCUGCCCCUUUUUGUUCUGAAUUUAAUCUCUCUCAAACUUUUUAUUUUUUGCUAAGUAUACUAAGUAUACAUGGUUACUAAGAGCAAAUUUUGAAAGUAUAGUGUUGUUCUAAACCAUUACGGCCGUUAUUUAUUCACCGAAAAUGACAUAAGUAAUAUUUCUGUCAAACAUUGAAGAAGCUCCAUUCUGUGCCUUGUAAUAUCAAACAGAUGUUUGAUUUAAAAAAAUACCUGUAUACAAUUUUAAAACUUGCAGUGCACUGAGACCGUAGUACAGUUUAUUCAACUUUACCAUGAAUUGAUUAAAGUAGACCCCGACUUAAACAAGUUGAAAAACUUAUUUGGGUGUUACCAUUUAGUGGUCAAUUGUACGGAACUGUGCAAUCUACUAAUAAAAGUCUCAAUCAAUCAAUCAAGUCCCAAGGCCAAAUCCGAACUGGGAAUGACACUAUUAGCCCCCCAAGUUCAGUUAAAAAUUUGGAAAAGACUAUAGAUUUUUUGCAGCAAAUUGAAUAUAAUGAAAACACCAUAACGCUCAUAGAGAAACUUGGACAAACACAUUGGCAGAGUCUUGCAUUGCCAUUUUAACCUCCCAAAGCAUCUACUACAGUAGACUCAUCUGUAUAUUGGAUAACUGGUCCAUCUUUUCUGAAAUGUGCAACUCUAAAAGAAAAUAGACCAAAAACAAAUGUCCAGUAUGAAUGCCCCUGUGGUCUUCAGCUCUCUGCAAAUGUAGCCCUUUGAACAAUUUAGUUGAAUAGCUCUGCCAUUGUAAGUGAACCAGAAAGUGUCAAAUUUAUUUUGCAUUGUUUUGUGUGUAAACCUUACUUCCUUUUCCCCUAUUUCUUUUCCCGCGACCCCGAAAGGGAAUAAGCGGUAGAAAAUGGAUGGAUGGAUUUCCUUUCCUUCUUAUGUUUUGCAUAUUUAUAGACUGCCACACUGAUACAGGAGUUCCUUUAAUCUCAUUGUCCCUGUGUAUAAUGACAAUAAAAGGCAUUCUAUUCUA